AUGGAGAGCAUCACGAGAGAGGACUUCGACACGCACAAGGCGAUCAUGGGAGGUUAUAGAGCGAAGGUACGCGAUGUGAGGCGUCAAAAAAAUGCGAAGCAGCAAAAGUACAUCGCAGAGGUGACUUUGCUGGAUGCCGAUGAAAAGCACGUCGAGCAACUGAGUCAGGUCACUACAUCCGCAUCAGUCCGUCACCCGGACGUUAUACUGACGACCUUGAACACAGAAAGAGGAAGCCGCGUUCAAGCUGAGGCUCGAGGGCAGUCGCCGCCACGAUCGUGCACAAAGUCGACAUUGAUCUCACUCGACGAUGAACCAGCUGCACGUCUCUCGAAGCGCGAAGCAGAAGGCGAUGGCACAGCGCACGACGCACUCGCCUUCGCAGCAGUUCCACACCGCGCUCCUGGAUCGGGUUUGGCGCAGGAUCCUCUUCGCCCGAAGCGCGAGAAGAAGCGCAAACCCAAUCUCCGCCUGCCAGUCGAGGAACUAAGCCAGCAUAUGGCUGAAUUCCUCGCAGCCAACUCUACCAUCAUCCGCGAUCCAAACGGCAACAGCUUUGUCGAGCUACGCUGCUAUCACUGCGGUGGAAACUCGUCUGCCAGCAACCGGGGCUUUUGGCUCGGUGAAGAUGGCUUCUUCGCCCAAAUUACUCACUGCCACCGCAGCAAGCUGGGCACAAAUGAGUGGUACGACAAGGGAACGACCAUCGCAGCAUGUGUGCGCCGACAUAUCACCGAGGAGGAACUUACAGCCAUAAGCAAUGGAGAGCCCGGCGCCUACAUUGUCGAGAGGAUCACAGGUGCGGGUCAGGAGUCUCACCCGCGUGUGGGUGAUCAUGGGAAGGGUGGCGUACCAUUCGUAUUCGACGGUACUAUUGGCGAAAAGACUUUCGGGGCAUCUGCCAGACUGUCCUUCAACGGUCUUCCUACUCCGCAACAUAGAUUUCCAAAUGCUGAAGGUGCGAUGAUCGAUCCGACGCUGGGGCUCACGGCCGAAGACGCGGGUCACCUCCAGGGUGCACGCAGCUUACAGACCAGGAGUGCGUCGAGCUUUUCUCGCUGA